AUGCCGACACAUAUGAGAUUUCGGAGAAGGUCAUUCCUCGGGCUGUUAUUCCUUUUCUCACUGUCUACCUCUGCAUUGUACUUCAUCUAUUCGGCUCCUGGCAUAGUGAAUGAGUACCUGUUCAUGGUCCAGGCACGGGGGAUCCAGAUCCGGGAGAACGUGAGGAACAUUGGGGUGCAGGUCAUAGAGCAGGUGGUGCGAGGUGGGUAUAGUAUUAGUAUCACAGAUUAUCCAUAUGUUAAUGUGAGUGACACUGAAGUUCAGCCCACUCCAUUUCUCCCAGAGGACUUUACAUACCUCCCCUCUCAAGAAUGCCCGGAAAAACUGCCCUCAAUGAAGGGUCGGUUGGAGGUUAAUAUGAGUGAGAUUGCUUUGGAGGAGGUGGAGAGGUGGUUGCUGAAAGCAGAUCCUACACUGGGCCCUGGGGGCCUGUGGAAACCACAUGACUGUAUCCCUCGCUGGAAGGUGGCCAUUCUUGUCCCUUUCCGGAAUCGCCACGAGCAUCUACCAAUCCUCUUCAGGCAUCUCAUCCCGGCACUCCAGAGGCAACGGCUACAGUUCGCCUUCUACGUUAUCGAGCAGGCGGGAAAUGAGCCUUUUAACCGCGCCAUGCUCUUUAACGUGGGGUUCAAAGAGGCAAUGAAGGACUUAGAUUGGGACUGCGUUGUCUUCCACGAUGUCGAUCACAUCCUCGAAAACGAUCGCAACUACUAUGGCUGUGGGGCGAUGCCAAGACACUUUGCCGUCAAGCUGAACAAAUAUUCCUACAUGCUCCCGUACCAAGAGUUCUUUGGUGGUGUAAGUGGCCUCACUGUGGAGCAGUUCAAGAGGAUAAACGGUUUUCCCAAUGCAUUCUGGGGCUGGGGAGGAGAAGACGACGAUCUGUGGUACAGGGUACAAAAUGCUGGCUACACAGUAAGUCGCCCCCCCGGAGACGUCGGGCGCUACAUGUCUAUCCCUCAUCACCAUAGAGGGGAGGCUCAGUUCCUCGGAAGGUACACGUUACUACGGCGAUCCAAGGAGAGGCAGUAUUUGGAUGGGCUGAAUAACCUGCACUAUAGCCCCCUAGUGUCUCGGGAGACUCUUUACACCAACGUGUCUGUCACUCUAACGCGAGAACUGGCCCCUGUACCAGACUACUGAAGCUGUCUGGACACCCUGCACCCAGA